UGGAAGUAAGCGGGGAGGGGUGGCUGGGCGCAGGGGCGAAGCGAGGGGGGCUCGGAGGCGCUUUCAGCGCAGGAAGCCGCUUGCGCGCCCUGCGCCUUGGAGAGGUGGGGGCGCUGCGCCCUAGCGCACGGGCCCCUCCCCAGCUCAGGCAGCCGGGCCCCGGGGUGGUAUCCGGUGCCGCCGCCGCUGCUGGCGGGAGGGAGAAGCCGCUCAGUCCCCGGGGCCGUCUCAGCGCCCUGGAGCCGAGCCGGUGGGUGGGGAGCCUGGCUAUGGUGCCCGGCUCCCGGCUGCAGCGCCCGGGGAGAGCCUAGCGGCGGCGCCCCGGGAGGCGAAGGAGAGCCCCCAGCGCGGGGCGGCGAUGCGGCUGAGAGCUGCGCGCCGGUGACCGUGGUGGGGCGGGUGGGGGGGAGGUGGGAAGCUUGUGGCCGGCCCUGGCGCUGCUCCGCCCGCCGCAGUGCUUCCCUGCAGGGGCUUGUCCCAUCCGGCUGCCGGAAUCCCUGAGCCUCAGCCGCCGCCUCGCAAUGUUUCGCUGGGGCAUUAAUCGCUUUUGCGCUGGCGAAGAGAAACGAGUUGGGACGCGCACCGUGUUUGUUGGCCACCGCCCUGUUUCAGAAACCGAUGCUUACGUCGAGCAGAAAUUCUGUGAUAAUAGAAUUGUCUCAUCCAAGUACACUGUCUGGAAUUUUCUUCCGAAGAAUCUUUUUGAACAGUUCAGAAGAAUUGCCAACUUUUAUUUCCUCAUCAUUUUCCUUGUGCAGGUCAUAGUAGAUACACCAACCAGUCCAGUAACCAGUGGACUUCCACUUUUCUUUGUGAUUAUUGUUACAGCUAUCAAACAGGGCUAUGAGGACUGGCUGAGACACAGAGCUGACAAGGAAGUAAAUAAAAGCAGCGUCUUCAUUGUUGAAAAUGCAAAGCAAGUGAAAAAACACAGCGAAAAAAUCAAGGUUGGGGACAUUGUAGAAGUGAAAGCAGACGAAACCUUCCCCUGUGAUCUGAUCUUUUUGGCAUCGAGUAAUGACGAUGGGAUCUGUUACGUCACGACGGCAAGUCUGGAUGGCGAGUCGAAUUUCAAGACUCAUUAUGCAGUGCGGGAUACGACUGAGCUCCGGACAGAUGAUGACAUCGACUCCCUUACUGCCGCAAUUGAAUGUGAGCAGCCUCAACCUGACCUCUACAAAUUUGUUGGAAGAAUUAACAUCUACAGAAGUAACCAGGAGCCUGUAGCCCGGUCUUUGGGUCCCGAAAAUCUGCUGCUGAAGGGUUCUACUUUAAAAAAUACAAAGAAGAUUUAUGGAGUUGCGGUUUAUACUGGAAUGGAAACAAAAAUGGCUUUGAACUACCAAGGAAAAUCACAAAAACGUUCAGCUGUAGAAAAAUCAAUCAACGCCUUCUUGAUAGUGUAUUUAUGCAUCUUAGUGAGUAAAGCUACGGUGUGCACCACUCUGAAAUACAUCUGGCAGAGUAAUCCAUUUAAUGAUGAGCCAUGGUAUAACCAAAAGACAAUAAAAGAAAGAGAUACGUUCAAGAUCUUAAGAAUGUUCACAGACUUCCUGUCGUUUAUGGUUCUGUUCAAUUUCAUUAUCCCGGUCUCCAUGUACGUUACUGUAGAAAUGCAAAAAUUCUUGGGCUCCUUCUUUAUUGCUUGGGAUAAGGAGAUGUAUGAUGAAGAAAUCAAGGAAGGAGCACUGGUGAAUACCUCGGACCUCAACGAAGAACUCGGUCAGGUCGAGUAUGUGUUCACGGACAAAACUGGAACCCUGACUGAAAACAGCAUGAAGUUCAUUGAGUGCUGCAUAGAUGGACACAAGUACAAAGAGGGCAUUUCAGAGGUGGAUGGGUUCUCUCACACGGACGGACCUUCGAAAUAUUAUGGGAAAGCAGAAAAGUGUCGAGAAGAGCUGUUCCUCCGUGCUUUGUGUCUGUGCCAUACAGUUCAAAUCAAAGAAGGAGACACCGUUGAUGGAUUGAUAGUAAACCAGGAGCGCAGUACCUAUAUCGCCUCUUCACCAGAUGAAAUAGCUUUGGUAAAAGGCGCCAAAAAGUAUGGUUUCACUUUUCUAGGACAUGAAGCUGGUUGCAUGAAAGUACAAAACCAAAAGAAUGAAAUCGAAAAGUAUCAGCUUCUUCAUGUACUAAACUUUGAUCCUGUCCGCCGCCGGAUGAGUGUUAUUGUGAAAACCAGUACAGGAAAGUUCUUCCUAUUCUGUAAAGGAGCAGACUCUUCUAUUUUUCCAAGGGUGCAACAAGAUGAAAUACAACAAACUAAAGUGCAUGUAGAACGUAACGCAAUGGAUGGAUAUCGAACUCUUUGUGUGGCCUUCAAAGAACUAACUCAAGAGGACUAUAAAAAAAUUGAUGAACAGCUCAGUGAAGCGAAAAUGGCUCUACAGGACAGAGAAGAAAAGAUGGCCAGGAUUUUUGAUGACAUAGAGACCGACAUGCAUUUGAUAGGGGCUACUGCUGUGGAAGACAGACUUCAGGAACGCGCUGCGGAAACCAUCGAGGCCCUGCAAACAGCAGGCAUGAAGGUCUGGGUGCUUACUGGGGACAAGAUGGAAACUGCAAAAUCCACCUGCUAUGCCUCCAGGCUCUUCCAGACAAACACUGAAUUACUGGAGCUGACGACAAAAACGAUGGGAGACGGCGACAGGAAAGAGGAUCGAUUACACGAGCUGUUGCUAGAGUAUCAUAAAAAGCUGCUGCAGGAUUUCCCCAAAAAUAGCGGAAAGCUUAAAAGGAGCUGGAUGGUGAGCCAAGAAUAUGGACUGAUUAUAGAUGGCUCGACGCUGUCGUUGAUAUUCAAUCCUUCCCAGGAUUCCAGUUCCAGUAACUACAAAAGCAUCUUUCUACAGAUUUGCCUGAAGUGUACUGCAGUUCUAUGUUGUCGGAUGGCUCCUUUGCAGAAAGCCCAGAUCGUUAGAAUGGUGAAAAACACCAAGGGCAAUCCAAUAACACUAUCAAUAGGUGACGGUGCCAACGAUGUUAGCAUGAUCUUGGAAGCACAUGUCGGAAUAGGUAUAAAAGGCAAAGAAGGUCGUCAGGCAGCAAGAAACAGUGACUAUGCUGUUCCAAGGUUUAAGCAUUUAAGAAAAUUGCUACUAGCACAUGGGCAUUUAUAUUACGUGAGAAUAGCACACCUUGUACAGUAUUUCUUCUAUAAGAACCUUUGCUUCAUUUUACCACAAUUUUUAUACCAGUUCUUCUGUGGAUUCUCGCAACAGCCUCUGUAUGAUGCUGCUUACCUUACAAUGUACAACAUCUGCUUCACGUCACUACCUAUCCUGGCUUACAGUCUACUGGAGCAGCAUAUUAACAUUGAAACUCUGACCUCAGAUCCAAGAUUGUAUAUGAAAAUUUCUGAUAAUGCCAUGUUACAGUGGAAGCCUUUCUUAUACUGGACCUUUCUGGGCGCCUUUGAAGGACUUGUGUUUUUCUUUGGAGUUUACUUUCUUUUUCAAAAUUCAACAUUAGAAGAUAAUGGAAAGGUUUUUGGGAACUGGACCUUUGGAACUAUUGUUUUUACUAUAUUAGUGUUCACCGUCACUCUGAAGCUAGCGUUAGAUACUCGAUUCUGGACCUGGAUGAACCACUUUGUGAUUUGGGGCUCCUUAGCCUUUUAUGUCUUUUUCUCGUUCUUUUGGGGAGGAAUCAUAUGGCCUUUCUUGAAGCAGCAACGAAUGUAUUUUGUAUUUGCUCAUAUGGUGACGUCCGUAUCAACCUGGCUGGCCGUAGUUCUCCUUAUCUUUAUCAGCCUUUUCCCGGAGAUUCUUCUAGUAGUUUUUAAAAAUGCGAAAAGGAAAAACCAUCAGGAACAUCCACUAUCUUCAUGCUCUCUCAAACUCCCAGCAAUCACAGCUUUUCUUGGAAUGAAUAAGGCUGUACCCUUUAAUUUGCCUAUGCUAUUGUCCUACAAACCUAUGGAGAAUGGUUACACCUCUGAAAUGAAGAUCGAAGAUGCUGUUACUAACUUGACACAAAGAUGCCAUCUCAGGAUACCUCAAAUGCAACAAUUUUAAAUACUGCACCUUGUCGUGCUGCAGGACAAGACGUGUGUUUGAACUCUCAGUUCUCUUUAAGAUGACACAUGUAUUGUAAGCAGCCUUGCUGACUAAGCAGCUGUGGAGACACUGGCCCUCAUUUUUUCAAAGUCUGAAAAUGGAAAAGUCUGGGACAUAAAAAGUCUGUGGAAUCGGGAGUGGAGAAAAGAACAUCUAGAAUUCCAUAAAAAUGGAACAAUAGAAACUUUAGAGACACAGGGAUGCUCCUUAUACCCACUGAAUAGAAGGAAGCUCCUUCAUUACAGAUUCAUCCAACAGCAAUGAAUGGCCGCUAAAGUCUUAUUCUUUUGCCUGACCAAAGAAGUAGCACAGCCUUUCUGCUUAAUCACGGUCUUGUCCAAUUCCCAUGGAAGACAUUGGAAAGGCUCCCAUCACGGAAGUAGGGUUGGACCCUAAAUUAAAACCACGGUCUGUCGUCUUGCACGGCUCCCGUUGCUGCUAAUGAGAGUUGUGCACCAGCAGCUGAAGCCAGGAUGUGAUCGUUAGAAAAGUUCAGCUUUCAAAUCCACGCAGCAGAAAUACUUGAAAAUAGUGAAGGACUGAGCUGUUGAUGGCGUGAAAUGUCCAGUGGCAUCCCCUUGCCAUUGCAAACAGCAGGGGUUAGACUGUUAAAUGGUCUCUGUUUAUUAAAAUGCAGAAGUGUGUCAGCCUGAACAUUUCUGAGGAGCCGAUCAAAAUAUUGGUAGAGUUUUCAUGGGGCCAGACUUCUUUUCCACAUUACCAAAUUUGAUUCUGGAACAGGAGGAAGACAUAGUGACUAACCCUUUCCCCUUAUGUAUUGAAAAUACACAGAAUUCUUUUAUUACUCAUGAAAAUCGCCUUAGUCAGGAAAGAAUCUUAAAUAAAAGUUGUGUUGUGCCAGGUUUUCAGCCCAAGCUUAACUGGGCCUCUGUGGUUAUGCUCACACUCCUGUGAAUGUAAUUGCAGUUGUUUGGACACCUUAAAGACCUGAAUGGCAGUCACACUCAGCCCCUUAAGUGACCCAUUGGCAUUGAUUGUGCUUGCAAAUAAUACCAGAUAAAUCUGCAACCUUCAUUAUCUGCAUCAACAAGAAGGGAGGUCAGCUUAAAAAUAAGUGAAUAAAUACAUCUGGUUCUACGAGUAACAUUUAACUUGGUUCUAAAAUGAGCAGAUUUUUAAAAAAAAUCUGUGUAUAUCAAGAUGUUGCGGGUUAAGAUGUUGAUUUAACAAUGCCACGUGUGCAUAGCAUAAAGGUAAAAUGCUCGACAACCAACUUCUAUUUGCUUUUUAUUAUGCAGAAAAACAAUACUACUGUGAUUAUAAAAAAUCCUGAGUGAGCACGGAUUAAGUGCAAUUGGCAUUUUAUUUUUUUAAUAAUAUUUUUCCACUAGGUUGACGUCCCCUUCAUCCUGUAUGGCCCAGGUUUCCUUGUGCCAGAAAAAGCAAAAAAAAAAAAAAAAAA